GUGCUCCCUCUUGCGCGCACGGCGAGCAGCGGCGGCGGCAGCAGCGCUUCUCUGACGCACUAUCGGAGAUGAGCAUCCCAGUCCCGCAGGCUGUCAGGACAAACUCUCCCGACCUCUCUCUUUUUCGGACUUGUGCAAUCAGCCUUUUUAACUUCAGCGCUGUUCCGUGAUUUUAUUUUCUAUUUUAUUUUUAUUUUAUUUUUUGUCGCAUUACUGUCUUACCUCGAUUUCACUGCUUUUUCUCUCUCUCCCCCCCUCUCCGCACACUGUCUCCGCGUUUGGCAGUGAUGCAUACAUUUGACAUCUCUUGGCUGGGGAUUUACUCCGGAGGAAAGAACUGUCAGCAAGAGUAAUUGAUUUCCAUCUACAUCUGUAUGGGCUUGUUUUUUGUUUUUUUUUCUCUCUUUCUCUCCGUGUUUCUCGGGCGUCGUUCAGAACAUCUUGUGAUAAGUGCUUCAGAUUAAAGCUUGAGGAGCUGUGUUGAAUUCCAGAAAAAUCGUUUAGAUGACGGACGCGGGGAGGCUGUGAAAUCUCCCGCCGCAACGCGCGACUCCGAGCCCUUGGAAUAUUCUCGCCGGAGGUGUCGGUACAAAAGCAGAAAUAUUGUUUCGGUUUGCCUGUACUGCGGGGUGGCUGCUGCGCAUGUUCUGGCCGUGAAUUAGGAAUUUUCAUUCAGAAGUGGGCAUCUGAGCAUCCCGAAUUUGUGAUGCCCGUGCAGUGAGGUCUACGGUGGGAUUUCAUUCUGGUGACCCCCGCCCCCUCCCCUUCCACCCGUCUCCCGCCCCGCACGGCGGCAUGGCUCCAACCCGGAGGGACUGCAGCGGCUGGGAGAUGUUCCUCCCAGCGGGACGCCUGCUCCUCUUCGCGUUGCUAUUUCACCCCGGCGUGGCAAAGGUGUGCAACGACCGCACCAAACACGAACAGGACAACAGCUGGUUCCUCAAGAAGGAGGAGGCGUUGAACAUCAUGGUGCUGAUGCCAAUGAACGAGUCGGCCCUGAUGAGCAGCAUCAGCCAGGGAAUCGAACCAGCGGUUCAGCUGGCCAUCGAGCACAUAAACGACUCCGGGGAGUACCCGUUUUCACUCAUCACCAAAAUCUAUGACACCGAGUGUGACAACGCUAAAGGACUGAGGGCCUUUUUUGACGCCAUAUGCUACGGUCCCAAACAUCUGAUGAUCUUCGGAGGCGUGUGCCCGUCUGUGACCUCCAUUAUUGCAGAGUCUUUGGAGGGCUGGAAUCUGGUUCAGCUGUCAUUUGCUGCGACCACCCCGGUUCUGGCAGACAAGAAGAAGUACCCCAACUUCUUCCGCACCGUCCCAUCCGAUAACGCUGUGAACCCAGCAGUUAUUAAAUUCCUUAAUUACUACAACUGGAGCCGGGUGGGAACCCUCACACAGGAUGUCCAGAGGUUCUCAGAGGUGAGGAAUGAUCUGACCUAUGAACUGGAGAAAGCAAACAUUCACAUUGCAGAUACAGAAAGUUUUUCCAAUGAUCCCUGUGUCAAUGUCAAAAAGCUGAAGGACAAUGACGUGAGAAUUAUCAUUGGGCAGUUUGAUGAGCAUUUGGCCUCUAAAGUCUUCUGCUGUGCAUAUAACUUGAACAUGUACGGCAGUAAAUACCAGUGGAUCAUCCCAGGCUGGUAUCAACGAAACUGGUGGGAGCAGGCGAACAACACCAACUGCACUUCCAGGAAGCUCCUAACAGCCAUGGAGGGAUACAUCAGUGUGGACUUUGAACCGCUCAGUUCUCGGCCAGUGAAGGGCAUCUCCGGCAGGACCCCAAAGGAGUAUGAGAAGGAGUAUUACAGGGAGCUCCAGCAAAAAGGUGUGGAGGCAAGCAAGUUUCAUGGCUUUGCCUAUGAUGGGAUCUGGGUAAUUGCAAAGACCUUGAACCGAGUAAGGGAACUGCUGCGGACAAAAGAAAGGCAAAAUAUGUAUCACAACUUCACUGUGGACGAUCGGGAAGUGGGGAAAAUGGUGCUUGACGUCAUGAAUGAAACAAACUUCUAUGGAGUCACAGGUCAAGUCAUGUUUCGCAAUGGAGAGAGGAUGGGCACAAUAAAAUUCAACCAGUUUCAAGAUGGUCAGGAAGUAAAAGUGGGAGAAUACAAUUCCAUCGCCGACAUCCUGGAUCUCCAGAACAACUCCAUCAGGUUCCAAGGUGUGGAGCCUCCCAAAGAUCGCACGUUUGUUCGUCUACAACGACGCCACAUCAAUGUGCCACUGUACAGCAUCUUGUCUACUAUAACCAUCCUGGGCAUGCUAAUGGCCGGGGCUUUCCUGUUCUUUAACAUCAAGAACCGAAAUCACAGACUAAUCAAGAUGUCCAGUCCAUACAUGAACAACCUGAUCAUCCUAGGAGGCAUGCUGUCCUACGCUUCGAUUUUCCUCUUUGGUCUUGACGGAGGUUUUGUUUCGGACAAAGAGUUUGAGACGCUCUGCACUGUUCGGACAUGGAUCCUCAUUGUUGGAUACACAACUGCUUUUGGUGCCAUGUUUGCCAAGACGUGGAGGGUACAUGCCAUCUUCAAAAAUGUGAAGAUGAAGAAAAAGAUCAUUAAGGACCAGAAACUGUUGAUUAUCGUCGGUGGGAUGCUGCUUAUCGACUUAUGCAUUCUAAUUUGCUGGCAAAUCGUGGACCCUCUCAGGAGAACCGUGGAGGAAUACAGCUUGGAGGCGGACCCACAAGGCCGGGACAUUGCCAUCCGUCCCUUCUUGGAGCACUGUGAGAACACCCACAUGACCAUUUGGCUUGGCAUCGUGUAUGCCUACAAGGGACUGCUAAUGCUGUUUGGCUGCUUUCUGGCGUGGGAGACCAGGAACGUGAGCAUCCCUGCCCUCAACGACAGCAAGUACAUCGGAAUGAGCGUGUACAACGUUGGCAUCAUGUGCAUCAUCGGCGCGGCCGUGUCGUUUCUGACCAGGGAUCAGCCCAAUGUCCAGUUCUGCAUCGUAGCUCUCGUCAUCAUCUUUUGUAGCACUAUCACCCUCUGUCUUGUCUUUGUUCCUAAGCUGAUCACCAUGAGAACAAACCCAGACGCAGCCACGCAGAACCGGCGGUUAAAGUUCACCCAAAAUCAGAAGAAGGAAGAUUCCAAGACCUCCACCUCGGUCACCAGCGUGAACCAGACCAACACCUCCCGACUGGACGGGCUGCAAACCGACAACCACCGCCUCCGCAUGAGGAUAACUGAGUUGGAUAAGGAGCUGGAGGAAGUGACCAUGCAGCUGCAGGACACCCCAGAGAAAACUCCUUACAUUAAACAGAACCAUUACCCAGACGCCAACAACAUCCUCAGCAUACGCAACUUUACAGACGGCAAAGAUGGAGAGAAAUCGAUACUGAAAAACCACCUGGAGCAAAAACCGCAGGCGCAGUGGGGCUCCAUGGAUCCUUCCAGAAUAAGCAGAGGUCCCCUGGAGGAUAUCAACUCACCUGAACACAUACAGCGUCGACUGUCGUUGCAGUUGCCUAUCCUCCACCACGCAUACUUACCUUCCAUAGGAGGGGUUGACGCCAGUUGCACCAGUCCAAAUGGAAGCCCGGGCUCCAGUCCGAGGCACAGACACAUGCCCCCUUCCUACAGGGUAAUGGUCUCUGGGCUGUGAGCCUCAUCUACUCCCCCACUUCGCUCUUUGUCGAGGAGACACAAAUGGUUCUUUUUUUUAUACGACAAACAGACUGAUAUCGUCAGCGUACGUCCGUUAUUCCGUCUUGGACUGAAAAAGAAGAUGGGGUCGAACAAAGAGAGAGGGGAGGGAUAAAGUUUUACUCGUCAUACCUCUGCACUCGGGUCUCUUGAGGACUGAUGCCGUCAGUCAAAAAAAAAAACUGUGUGUGUGGGGGUGAGGGAGGACGGUUGAUGCUUAAACUACUACUACUUCCUCCCUGCUUAGGUCUGCUCACACAUAUAUGCACAGUCAGACACAGAUAUCUACAACAAAGAUACACACCCAUAUCCAAGCACAGUGACACCCCAGCAGCAGCGGUGGACCAGCCCUAAUCUGACGUGUAGCCUUAUCUGCUUCAAAAGGGAUUGUUUCUGUUUCUUAUCUGUUUUUAUGUACUAUAUGUGCUUGCAGCAACAUGUGAGCCACACCGACUUUUAACAUUUCACUGCUUCGGUGACCGGAUGCGAGUUCGGGAGCAACGAGGGGAAUUUUUCGAGAUCUGACUAAAAGAGAGCGUUAAAGGAAGCGUCCCCUGUCCGCUUCUCGACGUCGUGCAGAAAUGUAAAUAUCAUCGCUUUUGACACCAAUGUACUGUAAGCUUUGUAAAUGCUGUGAAUGGACAAAUUUGUAGGAUUUAAGUGUGGUGCUUGUAACAAAAGGCAGGGUGACGGCUUACGAAAUAUAACAUCCUACAAGUCAGAUAUAUGACAGAGGCAUAGAUCUGUUAGCAUAGCUGUUAAUAUAUUAGCUAACGAACAGCAUAGAUGCAUCAAAAUUUGCCCAGGUCCCUUGCCUCUUAACUCGGAGUGAGAUGCACGUUGCUUUUUUUUUUUUUUUUUGUUCCACUUUGCUAUUUUUUCUAGACUCGUUUAUGUCAAAGACCUCCUGUCUGACUUUGUAAAGGCUUUCAUGCUUUACAAUUUAAUCAGUCCGUCUUCAGACAGCAUGUUUUAUAGAAACAAUAAUGCUAUGCCUUUUUCACAGGUCUCUGAGAAAAUAGAGCAAAAAGAGACCAAGGGAGUGUUUCACAGCUUUCUUUUUCUUUCUUUUUUUUUAACAUGCCAAGAAAUUCAAAUACACAGAUGUGCACGUAAAAAAACAAAAGAAAACGAGAGCAUCCGGUGAAUUCAGGUGCCGUUGGCGCUUAGUCAUGGCUGGCGGGGAGAGAGGGGUCACACUGAAGCUUGCAGACUGGUUUUCAUAGACCUUUAAGUCGUCUAUCUCAACUUGUUCUCAUGUCUUACCAGCACAGUUUAGAGCGACGGGGUGCAGCAAUAGCACAAAAUUACAAGACUUUGAUAUUAAAACUUUGCGAUGAGGGAUAAAAGCGAAAAAAGGUGACGUUGGAUGGAAAAAAUGUAGGUCUACCAGUUCCGCGGCUUGAUCGGACUAAACGGUUAACCUGAAUUUCCACGAGCAGCGCAGCAAUGACGGUCGACGUGUCGAAGUCUCGAGUAACAAGCCCCGAACCUGUCUGCGGCUCUGGUUUCAAAGACGGCGAUGCCACCACUGCUGGUCACGGUGAUUUAGCACAGACACAGGGCUCUUUCUCUCACAGAUAAUACAGAGUAUCAUGAAAGAUCAAUCCAUACUUAGCAACAGUGAACAUACCUCGGUUGCUACGGUAAUGUAUAUCAGUGCCGCUGUGCUUCAUCCAAGACCGUCAUCAAGAGUAUCGCUUGUUCUUCGUUAAAAAUUUUUUUUUUCCUAAUGCAGGAGAAAAAGCAAAAGUGGGGGGGAGGGGGGGGGACUCUGCAGGAAAAAUACUUUUUUUUUUUAACUCAGAGCGGCAAAGUUCGUUCUCAGCAUAUUGUUUCACCAUUGGUGUCUUGGUUUUUAAUUUUUUUAAGGCGUUUCUUGAGCGCCGUGCCUGUUGUCUUAUAUUGUAGCCUGCGAGACCCACACUACAUACGAAAGGGUCGAAACUGCGCUUACCCAGCAAAGUACAUCGGCCACAUCAUCUGUAAAUCGAACAAUGUGUCACAGACUGACCUAAAGUCCAUGUGUCCGUGACCGAGGACAGCUUUGGGAGCACACGGCGAAAAGCUCCGCUCCAGCCGGAGGAUAUUUCUCCACAAAUACAGUCGAACACUUCUCAGAAAAAGUUGGGAGGAUUCAGAACUGAAGUUUGGGGGGGAGACAAGGAUCUGCCGUCAGACAUAUCGGGGGAUUUGAGCUCCUCCCAUUUCGAGGCCCCUGCUAUGAUGCACAGGAGCAGGAGGGGGCGGGGGAGGACAACCCAAGCACAGACCUCAAAAAGGAGUCAUGACUUCUCCUGCACCUUUGCCAACCAGAGAAUCACAAAUCACAGAACAUGUGAGUGGGAGACGUUACCGGAGGGUUGGAUCUUCCUUCAGGAGAAGCAAAAACAAAAACCAACCGCACAUUUUAUAUAUUACAUUAUACGUGAUUGUGUACAACUUUGCUGAUACCCUGAUGAUGGUGUCCAUGUAUGGAGUAUUUGGUAUUUGGCUUUCUCAAGACGGCAUGAAAUAAAAUGUAUAAUUCACAGAGUUACCUCUGUUUUUUUUUUGUUUGUUUUGUUUUUGUUUUUUGCAACUGUUGUGACAAAGCUACGCUGUUGUUUCAUCAUCAUAUCACCUGUAAUUUGAUUUUUAUCAUGAAAGGGUCCACACCCCUGUUCAAAAGUCACAUAUUUCUGAUCUAAAACAGACCAAAGGUCUUUACCACCUUUAACCUGACAUAUAACUUGUACCAAUCUGUUAUGGGUGGAACAAGCACAAUAACGUGUUUAGAUCAUAAAACAUGCUGCAUUUAGGUGUAACCACAUUUACUCUCUCUACCUUGUGGGUAGAAGUGAAAAAAAUCUAUAUUGAAGUCGCUCUACUGUUGAUAUAAAUGUAUGAUUGGACUCAGUGCGAUGUUGGGAAAUUGCAACCUUUCUUUAUCUUCAGCUUCCCAGAAGACAUUUGAAAUGCUUGGGUCAGAAUGGGACUGGAGUUCUUGAAAAACAGCGCAGCUUAAUAGUCUGAAGAGAAGAAACCCCCAGAGCAUCAUGCAGCCACCACUAUGUUUCAGUGUGGGUGUUGUUUUGGUGACACGCUGUACUGUUUUUGUGCCAAAUCACCUUUUAGUUCUUGUUUAGUUUUAUUUCUUAAAAAAAAUAAAUGCAUACAUAAAUAAAUUGUCCCUCCAGGUUUUGUAAUAUUUAAUCCAGACCUGGAUGUUUUUUUUUUUGUUUUUGUUUUUUUUUUGUAUUUUUAGGAGAAAAUACUUCUGACUAGUAAUCUUACUUAUCCAGACAUUUUGGGGGAAUACAGGAGAUUGUCACACGUAUAACUCAACCAGUACUUCUCUACUGGAGUCACAUAUAGGUCCGUCUUUUAUAUAUAUUUUUACCAUUUGCCCAGAAAUGUUAUUAUAUAAUAAGUUAAUGUACAGAACUUAUGCCAAAUUAAAGGUGGAAUUUUAUUUUUAUUUUUGAAGAGUAUCAUGAAAUAAUCUUUUAUGUCCCUAAAAUCAGAGUUUUCAACAGGGGUGUUCACACUUUUUAAAUCCACUGUUGUUCCUUACAAGCGUUCGUUUGUUUUUAUUUUUUUUUAUUACCUCUUGAUCAGUUCACACAUGUCAAAGCCAAGAUGCUCAGUGGACUAACUAAAUAUCAUCUCAUCUAACAUGCUACUGAUUUAGCACCUGUUCACUGAGGGCAAUAAAAUACGAAGGGUAGCAGCUAUCGAACAAACCUACUAUAAUCUACUCAUGUGAUUUAAAACGAUUACGAAAUCAUUUUAUCUGAUCAGUCCAAAAAUAUCAAAUGCAGAUCAUCAGGUGGUGUUUUUUUUUGUUGUUGUUUUUUUUUAUGUGCCCUACUUUUUUUUCUUUUUUUUUAUUCCGAUUUAUUUCAGUUGUUCUCAUAAAUGAAUAAAUUUUACAAAUGCAAUUGCGGUGGGUCAAGGGCUCAUAAAUAACCUGUAAUAAAUAGCAUCAUGCUGAUGGUUUGUAUUUGCCACAGGUCUUUCUACCUUCUCAGUUUGAAGAUCAAAGUGACGUAUCUGAGGACAUCUUUGUAUGUUUCAUUGUCGGGUUCUCUGGAGAAAAACGACACAAAUCAAGAUAUGUUACACUAAAACAAGAACAAAAAAAAAAUAUAUAUAUAUAUAUAUAUAUUACGUGGAGACACAAAAGGUCCAUGCUGUUACUGUUUUGUCAGUUUUGAUAUGUGGUACCACAUGGCAUUCUGUUCAAUUAAAAACUUUACAAUGGUGAACAAAAACCUAUGUUAAAUGCAACAUGUUUAAGAGGGGCAAUAACUUGUUUUCUUAUUACAGAAAGAAUAGAGAACUAUAUAUAAAUAUAUAUAUAUGUAUAUGUAAAGAUCUUUACGUACAUUCUCAUUUUUACAUAGGAAACAUUUCACAAAUCUGAAGUCUUCUUUUUAUUUACAGUAUCUGUAACUAUGUUAUGUACAGAUGAGGUCUAGAUAUGAAAAUCUUGUAUAAAAUGAGUAUCACACUUGGAACACCUGAACAUUUCUUUUUGAGCCAUUGGUUGUUAUUUAGGGGGAUGAGGAGGGCAGGGUGUUGGGGAUAUUUGGGAAAAACAUUCUUCUUUUGUUGUCUGAAUGUUAUGGACAGCCUUUACUUUUCACAUCAUCGUUAAAUAAAGUGUGACUGAAAAUAA